CAAUCUUCACCAACGCAACCACCAACACCGAAAGCCCAAUGGGAAGGCAAAAGGUGCAAAAGAAACAAGUCUCUAUGUCAGUGACAUUACAGAGCUCAUUAGGAAUUGGGAUUUUAAUAUAAGCGAAAGCGUGAAACCGUCCACCACUCUCCUAAGCUUUCGAUAUUAUUUACGCGUGUCACCUCUCAGUGCUUCCACCAGAGCUCAAACGAGCUCUCCGCUGUAAAUGUGUUUAUGCUGCUCACAGCAUUGCCGUUUGAGACAAAGGAAAACAUAAGUAGCCGCAUUGAUAUACGAGACAUCGUGACCGACAGCAAGUAGGCAGAUCAAGUUCGCGCAUCGAUAUCGGAAAUAAAAAGUGAUUUUUUUUCGUUGCUUUGUGCGUAGUAAGUCAGAGUUCAAUCGCAAUCAAGAAGCAUUCCAAGUCGCGCCGGUUACCGUUUAUGACUAACCAAAAAGAAGAAAGUAUUUAUUGCAUAAAAGUUUGCAAACUAUGACGAGAUGCACAAUAUUGAUUUUCGUUGGUAUUUUAUCGACGGCCAUCACGACAGUGCAAUCUGAAUUUCAGAGCGCUCCUGUUCCCGGUACGCCCGAACCAGAUAGAUCGUCACCACCCCCGAAAUUACUGGCAAAUUUCAUUCCUGCAUCGAUGCAACUGCUUCAACACUGCAUCGAAUCGAUUCAAUAUGAACCUGUAACGCCAUCGAUGAUGAUGACGACGACGACAACAACGGCCAAACCAACGACCACAACAGCUGCAGCUCCGGCACCGCAGCACCGACCGACGGUGCCCCACAAGCCGGGAUAUUUCGGGCCAGCAAAGCCGCCUCCGUUGCCACCAUCAUCCUCUUCCAGCGGAGGAACCAUUCCGAGCACGAGUGCCUCGCAGCAAACGACGACGACGAAACCAAGCACGGAAACCGCAGAAACUUUACUCUGGAAUGAUAAACAGUUUUUCGAAUGGUUCCUGCAAAGUAAAUACAAGCAAAUUAAAUUAGAUAAUGACUACAACCUCCAGCUGCUGGAUCCGUUGCCACUUCGGCUGCUGCAAGACAUCGAAGGCGAGCGUUAUGAAUUGCCAGCAUUAUUGGAUAAGGACAACGUUAAUGAAUUUCGGAAAAUCUACGAUGACAAAUAUCGUGAAAGUGAGACAGAUUCGCAGCAGAUGAGCAACGUGGGUGGCAACAAGCCGCACCUGAUUGAUAAUCGACACGAUAGUUGGACAAGUAUCACAGCCGGCAGUAUCAGUAGUCCUAAUAAGAGUGCGGGAGAAGGUGCUAAAGGAAGUGGGAGGAAACGAGUACCACCCACCAAGCCAUACAUCCAUAUGCUGAUGCUUUAUGACCUGCUAAAAAGGGAAGCGAAAAAAUUUAUGUUCAACUUGUACGAGGGUUUCAGUCCCGAGACACUGACGGAGCUCUCGCAGUUCAAAGCAGAUAAUAGCCAACAGCAAUUACUAUUUGUUCUCUCUCGGAUGCUGGAGGAAAAAAACAUCGAUAAGGCGGACGUCGUGUCACGAACAAAAGCAAUGAUAACAGAGCUGGAAAACCCCAACAGUGCGAUAACCAAGGCACUCAUCUACGUUCCACCACUAGUGUUUGCAGCAUGAGGAAAUGCACACAAACGGAUACGGAUAUUAAUAAUUAAGAUGCAAAUUAAGCAUUGUGUACAAUGCAGUCGGUAUAUUUCUUUGUUAAAUUUGGAUGUUGGUGUACUUGCCUGUAGGCCGGCUUCUCUUGGUCUUGGUAAGGACCCAACUCGGUUCUGUGUAAACAAAACACAUAUCUGUUCGACAAACUAAAUCUUGUGCCCGUCGUGUACCAUCUGCAACGUGUUUCAAAUCCUGCCGCACUUGACUAUUUCCGAAACGUGUGUCCUUCUUGGAGCUGCACAAUACAUGCUAAAAGUACAACACCUACGACAACGAUAUGAUGGUCAGAUUUAAAGCCCAUCUAAAAUUAGCAACGUUCACCAGAGAGAGGGAAUGACAUACUCAUGAUGCAAUCUUGACAUUUAGUGUUUACAUUCGUUCUUAACCCAUAACACAAUUUGCUAUUAAUUAUAACAGCAGAAUCCUCAUCCGAAAAGCCUUUGCCGUAGUGUCAUCUGUAAGCAAUAUCCAUCUAUCUCUUGUGGAAGACAGACUAAAUAGCAACCAGCUUUCAACUUAGAAAUUAAUAUGACAUGUAUGUAUCUCGACUAAUGAUCGUAAACAGGAAAAUAAAUUACGAAACAAACACAAGUAAUUCCUUUCAUGUGCACCAACCAGGCUUGGCAUUAGUCAUGAGGUUCACAAGCAUGCUAGGGUUUUGCCCAUGUGGUGCGUCGCCAACGAAUGCGAUGGUAGCAACCAUGCUUCACCUACCCAAAGCACAUCGACACGACCCAGGUACCAUAGGUAACCAUAACGACUUUUUUCGUUAUUCAACCAUCACCCGUCUUGACCAUCGCUCGUUUGACCGUCAAUGAAGGAUGCUGUCCUUCUUGAAAUUCUAGGUUUCAUUUGAUGCCGUCUGUAGAGUUGGUAUGAUUUAUAAUUAGUAUUAUUUUUACAUAAACGUUUAAAUAUUGCAGAUUGAUACUUGCUUUGGAAACUACUAGAAUCGAAUCACAGGUUCGGGAACGCCAAGGAAGGAAUAUAAACCAGAGUUGCCGUGAAUUGUAGAUGUUAACUCAAGCUUUUGAUCUAGUGGUGGAGCUUAGAGAAACUGCGCCAACAAGUGCCACGUCUUUUAGGAUGUAACACCGUUUGUACUGUGCACAACCAGCGUGUUUUCACAAAGGCCGGGCACUCGGCGUACGGUGUGAUUGAUUUAUUUCAACUUCGUGUGUGUCUUUCAGUAAAUCAAACCUAAAAUAAACGUGUACUGUCGGAACUUGUGAGAUCUUAUAAAUUCAAUAAAAAUGUAGAGACAAGCAACAUA